AUGGCGUCCCCCGACUUUAAACAAGACUCGGGCAGCAAUGUCGACGAGAAGCUCGAGAGCCACCCGGGCUCCAACGGCCCCGACUCGGCCGACCAGUUGCUCGAGAACCUGGGCUACAAGCCUGAGCUCUCCCGAAACCGAUCGACCCUCCAGGUCGCCUUCAUGUCCUUCGUCCUCGCCUCGAUCCCCUACGGUCUCGCGACGACCCUCUACUACCCCCUGGUCGGCGGCGGACCCGUCAACGUCCUCUGGGGCUGGGUUGCCGUCUCCAUAAUCAUCGUCUGUGUUGCUGCGUCUCUCGGUGAAAUCACCAGUGUCUAUCCCACUGCCGGAGGUGUCUACUACCAAGCGUUCAUGCUGGCCCCCGCCCGCUGGCGUCGCGUUGCCAGCUGGAUCUGCGGCUGGCUGUAUCUCGUCGGUAACAUUACCAUUACGCUUUCUGUGAACUUCGGUACCACUCUGUUCUUCAUUGGAUGUGUAAAUGUGUUUGAAAAGGCAGAUGGCUCGGCUGUCCUCGAGGGAACCACGUAUCAGUCCUACCUCAUCUUCCUUGGCAUCACCUUGCUGUGCAACGCUGUGUCUGCCUUUGGAAACAGGUGGCUUCCCAUGCUUGAUACUAUUGCCGUCUUCUGGACCUUGGCUGGCCUCGUUGCCAUCAUGAUCUCCGUCUUGGCCAUUGCUAAGAACGGCCGCCACGACGCCAAGUACGUCUUCACCCACUUCGAGGCCUCUACCGGAUGGCCCGAUGGCUGGUCCUUCUGUGUCGGUCUGCUCCACGCUGCCUACGCUACUUCUUCCACUGGAAUGAUCAUCUCCAUGUGCGAGGAGGUCCAGAAGCCCUCCGUCCAGGUCCCCAAGGCCAUGGUCGCCACCAUCUUCAUCAACACCUUCGCCGGACUCGUCUUCCUGAUCCCCAUCCUCUUCGUCCUCCCCGACAUCGCCGAGGUCGUCCUUUCCACCCAGCCCGUGCCCGUUAUCCUCAAGAGCGCCGUCGGUUCUGCUGGAGGAGCCUUUGGCCUCGUCUUCCCUCUGAUGGUCCUGGCUAUCCUCUGCGGUAUCGGCUGCACCACCGCCACCUCGCGAUGCAUCUGGGCCUUUGCCCGUGAUGGUGCCGUCCCCGGUGCCGGUAUGUGGAUGAAAGUCAACAAGAGCUUGGAUGUGCCCGUCAACGCCAUGAUGCUCUCCAUGGUCGUCCAGCUUCUCCUCGGUCUCCUCUACUUCGGAAGCGUCUCCGCCUUCAACGCCUUCUCGGGUGUCGGUGUCAUCUGCCUGACCGUUGCCUACGCCAUUCCCAUUGUCAUCAGCCUGAUGACCGGCCGCAAGCAGGUCAAGACCGGACAGUUCUACCUCGGUGCCCUUGGUACCGUCGCCAACUACGUGUCUAUUGCCUGGACUCUCUUGGUCAUCCCUCUGUUCUGCAUGCCCACGAUCAUCCCCGUGACAGCUGCGUCAGUCAACUACGCUCCCGUUGUCUUCGUUUUCGCCCUGGGUGUGUCUGGACUCUGGUACUGGGUCUGGGGCCACAAGAACUACGCCGGACCUCCCACCCACGAGGAAUAA